GGACGCCGUGCGUUGUCGUCUCUCCGAAAUACUCCAAGGAUUUUCUCCCAGCUCUCGCGAUCCAUGUCUACAUCACCAUCCGAUAGUCUUGCACCUGCGCGAGCUGUGUGGCUCGCCAACGGUCUUCCCGAGGACCUUUUGAGUCAUUUGCGGCUCAGUGAGCACCCCGAUCCGGCCAUUCCUUCAUCCUUCAGACUCGGCUCAGCAGCGCAGACUUCGAUCGGCUUGUCUGGUCUAUCUGCUGCGAAUUUCCAUGCUCUUAGGACAGGGGUAGAGCAAGAUGUCACCGUCGACGCUCGUCAUGCUGUAUUUGAUAUCAGCAGCGAGAAGUGGUAUACCAUAGAUGGACAUCUUCCCGAAGGAAACUUUUGGGAUCCAAUCGCUGGCCUGUAUAGGACUCAGGACAAUAACCAUGUCCGCAUACACACUAACUUCCCUCACCACCGAGACGGCAUCCUCCAAAUCCUCGGCUGUGAGGCCACCCGAGAUGCAGUUCAAGCAAAACUCACACAAUGGAACUCCUACGACUUCGAAGCAGAGGCAGCCUCGCGUAAAAUGUGUGCUUUUGCCUAUCGAUCGUUCGACGAGUGGGACAAGCAUCCUCAAGGCCAGGCACAGGCCAACGCCCCCCCUGUGCAACUGAUCAAGAUCGGCGAUGCACCCAGACGUGAAUUAAAGAGCAAUGCAGAGAUGCCCCUUGAAAACAUACGUGUACUAGAUCUCUGCCGGGUCCUCGCCGGGCCAGCUGCCGGGCGCGCUUUAGCAGCCUUCGGGGCCGACGUUCUCUUGGUGACCUCACCUAGUCUCCCGGAUCUCCCUCUUCUAGACAUAGAAACGUCUCGUGGAAAGCGGACAACCCAGCUUGAUCUCACUUCACCCUCAGGCGUCGACACCUUACGUUCGCUCGCAAAGGAUGCAGAUGUAUUCCUGCAGGCCUACCGACCUGGUGGCGUGGACGAGAAAGGCUUCAGCCCCUCUGAACUCGCCGAAGCGCGCCCCGGCAUCGUGUGCGCAAACCUACGUGCGUUCGGGUGGGAUGGUCCUUGGAAAGACCGACGUGGAUUUGACUCACUCGUACAGACGACCACUGGUAUCAAUCAUGCAGAAGCAGAAGCGUACUCUGCGUUUACGGGUACAACAUACAAUGGGAAGCCGCCACCUAAACCCUUGCCCAUGCAGGCGCUGGAUCAUGUGGCGGGCUACUUCCUCGCGUUUGGGAUCAACGCGGCGCUCUGCAAGACCAUAACAGAGGGCGGAUCAUGGGAAGUACGCGUCUCGCUUGCAGCCAUCGGGCAAUGGAUACGCUCGCUGGGGCGUCUCGACCCAGCGGAAGCGUUUAGUCCACAGGCCAAGGGGUUUCCUAAACAGACAGCCCCAGUAGACCCAGAGGUCGCCGGUUUCUCCACUAGCCUGACGGAGUCCCCUGGAGAUGACGGAAAAGCCAGAAACCAGCUGAGAACGAUGACGGCUAUCGAGCCUGCCGCUGUGCUGUCCCGCACCCCGGCGCGACAGACGGAAGCACCGAUGGGCCUAAACCGUCAUAACCCAGCGUGGCUUCCGUUGAAGCCGUGAGGACUAUACUCUAGGUUAUCUUCGCUAGGCCGUUUGUCCGAGAGACUCGGAUGGACAACUUCUACUCGCCUGACAGACUCCAAAGCAGCUCCCAAUUUGUUUUCUUCCACUUAUAGC